AUGCCACCAUCCCAACUUUGCCAGCUGCGCGUUCAAUCCCCCUUCGCCACAACAGCGGACCUCAGUACUAACUUUGUAUAUAACUCUUUAGCUUUCGACAAACUCUGCAAUCUCCGGCUGGUAUAUUAUUCUCCUGUCGACCAGCGCCACCGCACACCUCGCUGCUCGUUUAAUGGUUUCUCCGCCCUUGUCGUGUAUAUCCAGCCGUUCGUGCACUGGGUGGCCGCUAUAAUCCUGCUCGCAUUCUACGUCGCGUUUCGUACAAGGGCUUCCUCUCGACAUGAAAGUCACGUCAGCGCGACCUCACCCUCCAAUUCCGCCAUCCGCGCCAUCGUCCUCACACACGCUGCCAUCACCCUCCCAUCUGCUCUCUGCCUCCUCCAACAGAUGACAGACAAGGAGGGGCCCUUUAAUAACACCUUCAUCUUCAUUCUCCACACAUUCUUGGAAGUCUUUCUCCAGAUAACCGGCCUCCUCACCUCACUCACGGCAUUUAUCCCACAGAUUCAUCUUAUGCUCACACGGCCUCGUGAUGGUCUUCCUUUUGGUCAGGGCAGCCUGAGUACACUAAGCCUUGGUCUUCAAGUCAUCACAUUUACACUCCUCGCUGCCUCGCAGGGGUGGAGGACAAGGCCCCGCCCGUUGCCGCGGCCGUCAAAUGCAGAGAGUUGGAUUCAGCCCGUUCAGACCUGGAGUCGGAACUGGUGGUUUGGGUUUUUCUUUCAGGGUGGGCUUGCGGCUGGGUGGUUGGCGCUCGCCGUGUCGCAGCUGGUUGUUUUGUGUGUUGCUCUUGGGCUUGGUAGUCGUGCGGGUUAUAUUGCGCUGUAG